AUGGCUGAUCCUCUGGUACCUUCUAAUCAAGAAAGUAAAUUAUCUAUUUUGAAUAAAAAAAUUAUUGAAAUUAAAAAAAAAAUCCAGCUUUCAGAGGGACAAAGAAAAGCUAAUUUUGAAGAAUGUGAUGCUAAGAUACGUGAAAGUACUGAUAAAAUAACUAAUCUUAAGAAAGAUAUUAAAAAUUUGCUGUCGAAAUAUUCGAAAAUUAUAAAUAAUGAAGAAGCGGCAGAAAAAGUGUUACCAGUAAGUCGAGAGUCAUCGGCGUGUAUUAAAAAACGUGGACUGCAAGAAGCUAUUUCUCGUGUCGAUGAGGAUAAUAUUCGUUUGAGGAAAAAACUUGAUUUAAUCAAAUAUAAAAGUAAUAAGCAACAAGAACGACUUGCGAAACUCUUGAGAGAUUAUGAAGAGUUAAUGAGUGGACGUACACAAAAAAUGAUGAAAAAGAAACUUGAAGAUCCUUUAAAAAAGGUUCAAAACAAAAUUGUCAGCUUAGAAAAUCAAUUGCACCGCGUAAGCAUAAUGCAAAUGGAGGCGGAUAUAGUAAGAAAAAAGUACAGAUCUGUAAGAGCGAGCCUGAAAUCCGAUGCUGCAUUUUACGUGUCUUCGUUAAAAAAUUUAGAGCAAAAUUUAAAAGAUCAAGAACUUGAAAUAAAACAAUUACAAAGAGUGAAAGAAGAGGCAAUAGAAUUGAGAGAUAUAACGAAAGAAGCAUUGAUGCAUCAAGAAAUAGAAGCGAUGCAAAAAAGUAAAGAACGUGAUCAAAUAAUUCUUGACUAUAGACAGCGAGUUGAAGAUCGUAAACUAGAACUAGAACGUUUAGAGAGAAUAAUUUUUCCGAAUACUCGUUUGCCUGCACGUCAAGACGAUUUCGAAGCUGAAAAACGUCAGGAUGAUAGUGAAGAAGUUGAUGAUAAGCCUGUAGAUGAAAUGACCCAUCUUCAAGAAGCAUUUACUAAAUUACGAAGUGCUACAGGUGUUACUAAAAAUGAACAAGUACUUGAUAGAUUUUUAAGUCAACGUGCUACUAAAGAUAAAUUACAAAAAAUGCGAACUUCUAUGGAAGAAGACAAAAUCAGUUUAGAAAAACGUCGGCAACAAUUUACAACCGAAAUUGAAUUACAAAAAUUUUCUGAAACUAAAGACGCUGAUCAAAACGCUGAAAAAUUAUCGAAAUUAAAUGCACAAAUAGCAGAGCAAACGGAACGACAAACAAAAGCUGAAAUUGAAAGUAAACGUGUGCAAGAAGUAAUUGAUGAAGUUGCAUUGAUGCUUUGGAAAUUUUGUGAUAGACUUCGUGAUGUUAAUGAGACGCCGGUAGCAUCUGAAGAAUCUUGUGAAAACCCGUACGCACUUUUAGAGCUUCUGGAAGAAAAGUUAAAAGCGGCUAUUAAUAUUAUGGGUGGAGCUGAUAAAUAUCAUCAGUGGAUCAAAGAAACAGCUGCUGAUAAGAUCGAUAUUUUAUCGAUGGAAUCAGUGGGCCAUGAAAGAAAAAUAGAUGCUGAUGAAAGGCCGUUAUUUCCCCGGUUUCCUGGAACACCAACUCCAGCAGCAGCACCUGUGCCGUCGGACGAUGAGGAAGAAGUACCUACGAGAAGUAUUCUCAAGAGACAAGCUCAACUUCUUGUCGACACGAAGAGCCGAAGAAAAGCCUUCAAUUUCAGAAGAUAAUAACUUA